UCGCAUCUUCACUCGCCGCUCAGCUCUCACACGACCGAGGUCAUCCAUGACAACCCCUGUCGCCUCGCCCGAAGCCCCCUGGCAUGCCGCCUUCCCUGCGCCGAGAGCGACGCUCGCCAACGGCACCCUCGCCGCCCUCUCUGUCGACGAGCUACACCAAGCGCUAACCGGGUCCGAGACGACCAAGGCCACUACCCUCGUCGUCGACGUACGCCGCACCGACUUUGAGACGGGCUUCGUUCGAGGCGCGAUAAACCUACCGGCACACUCGUUCUACCCGACCCUGCCGUCGCUUGUCCCUAUCCUGAGCCGCUACCGCACCGUCGUCUUCCAUUGUCAGUCGUCGAACGGGCGAGGGCCGCGCUGCGCAGGGUGGUACCAGGACGCGCUCGACGAGGCGGGCAUUUCUCGCGACACGAGCAAGGCGACCGUCCUCACCGGCGGCAUCAAGGCGUGGCUGGAGCGGUAUGGCGACGACGACAAGCUCACGACCAAGCUGUAGACGAGCGGCGUACACAGACCUUGACGCGCACGAGCUGUUGUUGC